CAAGCUCAAAUUUCCCUCGCCCGCACCACACAUCCACAAUCCAUCAUCCCUUUUCAAAGGCUCGACGAGUCCAAAAGAGAUGUCCGUCGAAACCCGAGACAAGCGCCUCUCCUCCUCCCCCCCCAACAUCGUCUUCACCGAGGGAAAAGAAAGAAGAAGGAAGUAAAUGAUGUUGUUGAGUAGAAUCCCAAACUCUUCACUCCUUAAUUAUUCUCCCUCUCUCUGCUCCUUUUCGAAAUCUGUAGCGAACCCUCUCCUCUUCAAGAAACGAGCGGGUCUUUUUCCAGCGGGGAGGAUGGCAUCAAAUUCUUCGGCGGCGAUCAGAGCGUCAGCCCAGACCCUCACCGACCCCGAUGAGCUCAUCGGCUCCGUCGAAACCUUCAUCUUUGAUUGCGAUGGGGUUAUUUGGAAAGGGGACAGUCUCAUCAGUGGCGUCCCUGAAACCCUGGAUAUGCUCCGCUCAAAGGGGAAAAGAUUGGUUUUUGUGACGAACAACUCGACAAAAUCCCGGAAGCAAUACGGGAAGAAAUUCGAAACUUUGGGAUUGAAAGUCAAUGAGGAAGAGAUCUUUGCCUCGUCUUUCGCUGCUGCUGCUUACUUGAAGUCCAUUGACUUCCCUAAGGAUAAGAAGGUGUAUGUGAUAGGUGAGGAGGGAAUUCUCAAGGAGCUUGAACUUGCUGGAUUCCAGUAUCUUGGUGGUCCGGAAGAUGGCGAGAAAAAGAUAGAGCUGAAACCUGGUUAUUACAUGGAGCACGACGAGAGUGUAGGAGCGGUUGUAGUCGGAUUUGAUCGAUAUUUCAAUUACUACAAAGUCCAGUAUGGAACUCUUUGUAUACGUGAAAAUCCUGGCUGUCUUUUCAUUGCAACAAACCGAGAUGCUGUAACUCAUCUUACUGAUGCUCAAGAAUGGGCAGGUGGUGGUUCAAUGGUUGGUGCACUCUGUGGUUCAACCCAAAGGGAGCCACUUGUCGUAGGAAAGCCUUCAACAUUUAUGAUGGAUUACUUGUCAGACAAAUUUGGUAUUCUUAAAUCACAAAUAUGCAUGGUAGGAGACAGACUCGAUACCGAUAUAUUGUUUGGUCAGAACGGUGGCUGCAAAACCCUUCUUGUUCUCUCAGGUGUGACUAGUUUGGAAACGCUUCAAAGCCCCAAAAACUCCAUUCAACCAGAUUUCUACACCAACAAAAUAUCUGAUAUGCUUACACUUAAAGGUGCAGCAGUAUGAGGCUCUAUACUCAUGGAAUCUGAUGUCAAAAAUACCCGUUACAUUGGUGUAGCCCCUCUUUAACACCAAAAAGAGGAAUAGGGAAAGCAAGUGAAGUUUUCUCUAUUCAAAUUGUUUGGUUGUAUGAAAACAUUUGAGUUGUAAUGAGAGGCACACUUUGAUAUAUAAAAUUGAACACUGUUAGAACUC